AGAGCUGCUAAGUGAAAGACAGUGAUCCCAAGUCCCAACGUGAAUCAUGACAAAGCACCUGGCCGUGCAACCUGCCUGCUGCUUGCCAAUAAAAAAUACGAACUAUACAAUCAUAUGCAUUUCUCGGUGAUUAUAGAUUAAAAAAGUAUGUAGUCAUUUGAUCCUCCAGGAUCCUAUUGAAAACUCCAUUACCAUAUUUAAAUCCCCAAAUAGAUAGCCCUUUUCUCCUUAUAUAUCGGAGCUUCACCAAAACCUUUCCUUCAUAUUAAGAGAUCGAGAUGGGAGAUGUAAAAGUGAGAGGACUGAAAGAAGAUUUAGAUGCUCAAGCAGAAGUAGAUAUUUGGAAUUAUGUCUUUGGAUACGUUAAGAUGGCAGUAGUUAAAUGUGCCAUUGAGCUUGGGAUUGCUGAUGCUAUUGAAAACCACGGAAGCCCCAUGACACUUUCCCAGCUAUCGACUGCCCUCGGAUGUGAACCAUCGCGUCUUUUCCGGAUUAUGAGGUUCCUGGUCCACUACCAAAUAUUCAAAGAGGAACCCAUCAGCCAAGACUCCAUUGGCUAUGCACUGACACCGGUGUCUCGUCGUUUGGUUAUACAUGGAGAAAAAAGCAUGGCGGCUUUGAUUCUGCUAGAGAGCAGCCCUGCCAUGUUAACACCAUGGCAUAGUCUAAGUACCGGUGUCCUUGACAGCGGGAAUUCACCAUUUGAGGCAGCGAAUGGGAAGGAUGUAUGGAGCUAUGCUGAGACGAACCCUGGUCAUAGAAAACUCAUAGACGAGGCAAUGGCUUGCGAUGCUAGAGUGACGGUGCCAGCCAUAAUUGAAGGAUGUCCUAAAGUGUUUGAUCGGCUUGGAAGUUUGGUUGAUGUCGGUGGAGGUAAUGGGACUGCUUUGACUUUGUUGGUCAAGGCAUUCCCUUGGAUUCAAGGCAUAAACUUUGAUCUUCCUCAUGUUGUGGCUGUUGCACCAAAAUUUGAUGGCAUUGAAAAUGUAGGAGGAGACAUGUUCGAGUGUGUCCCAAAGGCAGAUGCUGCUUUCCUUAUGUGGGUUUUGCAUGACUGGGAUGAUGAGGAAUGCACAAAAAUCCUAAAGAAAUGUAGAGAAGCGAUUCCACAAGACAAAGGGAAGGUUAUAAUUGUUGAUGCCGUGCUUGAAGAAAACCAAGAUGACAAGCUAGAUUUUGUAAGGUUGAUGCUAGACAUGGUGAUGAUGGCACAUACUAACAAAGGCAAAGAGAGGACCUUAAAAGAAUGGAGCUAUGUUCUUGAAGAGUCAGGGUUUACCCGAUUCAAUGUUAAGCCUAUCCACGCAGUGCAAUCUGUCAUUGAAGCUUAUCCUUAGAAAAUCUAUAGCUCUCAGAACCUGUUGUUUGGAAGAUGUUUGCUCUCUCUGUUUAGUAUUUGGCUUGAACUUUUUCUUUCCUUUGAUUGAGUUAAAUCUUCAUCUAUAUAUUUUCUUCCUUGUUCUUUCACCUCUAAAGCCAACCUUAAUUUGGAUGAAAGAAAAUUAUUUUUAUCUGCAGUUGAUCAAGAUCAAUGAUUAGGAAAAAGAAUCCGUUAGACAUGGAUGUGAUUAUGGCUUUGAUUGUCUAAAAGACUGGCAAGAAUUAUCCUGCCAUGAUAGACAAUGAAUUGAAGUUAUGGUUGGGUGAGUUGACUUCACAUUUUGUAAUUUGUAAGCCAAUGUCCAGCAAAACAUGAACCGA